CCUGCUCCGGAGCAGUUUAUGUUCCAGAAAAGAGAUGAACUCACCAUCUGUCGAAGAUCCCAUAGAAUGUUUAAUAGGCUGCUUUUUCGUUUGCUGUGGUGAUGCGGAGAACCUUCGUAUCACUAUAUCACCCUACAGAGACUGAUUGAAAAGCUUUGUAAGCCAGGCUACUACUUGAUUUUUUAUAGUAAGCCUACUUACCAUUUUGAAAUGCGUUUUAUAUUUAUUUAUUUGCUCCCAAGUCCGUUUCACACAAAUAAAGGGGUUUGACUUUUCUUACGUGAGGCUGAAUAUUAUAAGCAUAUUGUUGGGGUGUGUGGACAGGAUGAGGACCCAAUUGCAAGACACAGGAGCAGAGCAGGAACAGUUCUAGAGAUGAAUUAACAACGGGAGUGACAGAGUUCCAACAAGUAUUUCAAACUGAGAAUCCAAAAAUGUAAAGCAAAGUCCAAACAGGGGAAGUCAAAAAACACACAGCUUAAUCCGAAAACAGAAAUCCAAGAUCCACAGGAACAGACAGGGAACAAGCAGGGGAUGACCCAAGACAGAGCAUGAAAAGCAACAGUGGAACACAGAUAAUUACUGACAAAAAAAUGAUGAUUUUUAUUUUUUGUUUAUCAUUUGUGUUUUUGCCCUCAUAUGUCACUGGCAAGGCGUAUACUGUAAAUAUGCUCACGGUUAUUUUUUCCAAUGAAAGAAUGCAUAAUCCCAUCUUUUAUCUUUUGUGAUUUUAAAAUAAGGAAACACAGUUAGCUAUUAAUGCUUAUUUAUUGCAUAUUUCGAACAAUUGAAAUCAAAGCAAACAUUGCUUGAAAGAAAGUUUCCUAAAAAUGUAGAAAAUAAACUUUAAAAAAUAGCUUUUUUGCAGACAAUAUAAAUUAUUGUAAAUACUUAAAUGCAUCUUAAAAGUAGAAAAUAACUUUUAUCUCUUGUAAACAAAUGUUAAAUAUUGCCAUAUAAAAAUAAGUAUUUACUCCAGGUUCUUACUAAGAAACACUAGCAUGUUUACCUUCUCAGGUUUCAGGGAAGAUCUGAGGCAUGUAACAAUGUUUCCUCCUGAAAACUCGCUCUGAUGGGGAGUUAGGGGCUGGUAUACAGAGAUAAAUUUUCGCCACCCUACUUAGAGUAGGGAAGUGUACAUGAUGCUUUCCCCACCAUUCCAGUGGAUUUUCCUCAUUAUCCAGCACGGGGGACACCAACUAGCUGCUAAGCUCUGCUUCUAGUGUUUGCUGAAGUGAUAAAGUGGGUACAGUUGAAGGAGGUGCCUCACUUCCUUUGGCUUCUUUGUUUCUGAUGAAGACCUAGAGGGCUGUGUUCUCUCAGUGGUACUUUCCCUGCGGACUGCAGCUGCUGACACCAUCUCCGUUUUCACUUUCUCCUGAAUGGAGGGGACAUGGUGUGCAGAAAUGUAUGUGUCUGUGUAAAUCUUGGAUCAACAAAAUUGGCGGUGUCCAGUAGCUCUUCUGUAAUGGGGUCGAAUGAAAUGGUCACAUACUCCUCUCCUGACCAGGCAUCUGUGAACUCCAUCAAUGGGGAAAGAGCUCUGUUGACAGCCCCCAAGACAUCCAGGGCUGUGAACCCAAAGAAAAUAGCUAACAAGGAUUUGGUGAUGAUCCUCAAUCCGGAUUUCAUAAAAUUUGUUCACGAAAUGUGGCUGGGAAAGAAGGGCUGGUAUCCAUCCACUGGCUUUCUGACUCUCGCUCUCAGCAUGCAAAUGUGUGACGAGGUCAAUGUUUUUGGGUUUGGAGCAGACAGUGAUGGAAACUGGAGCCAUUACUUUGAAAAACUCUCUGACAAAAAGCUGGGAACUGGAGGUCAUCCUGGAAUGAAAGAAUAUGAAAUUAUUCUGCAACUACACAGGCAGCAGAGAAUUGUUCUUUUUAAAGGAUGGUAAUAUUUGUUUAUCUUUUUCUGUUUGUGUCUCUGUCUGUCAAUUGCAUUAACAUAAGCACAUGUACGUAAGCUUUUACAGAACACUGGAAAAACUCAACCGUAAUUGAUUUGGCCUUUUAGCAGUUAUUUAGCGUGUCUGAUGUGCCUUGCCAGGCUUAUUAUUAGCGAGAUCGCUGAUUCAACACUAUUGUUCUUUGAAUCUUAAUUAUUACUAAUUAUUACUACUACUUUUGCAUACUUUCAGCUCCAAAGCUGUAUUCAGGUUGUUGAUAUCUUUUCACAUUAUUUAAUUUUCACGGUCUAAAUUUUGUGUGUAAUUUUUUUUGUGCUUUCUGGCAAUUUUCUGAGUUUAGUAGAGUCCCGAUACAGCAGUUGCAGUUGGGCUAAAGGCUAUAAAUCAGAUCCUUUUUUAAGUGUUCUGUCUUACACUCAAGUCUGCAUUCUCCUCAGUUAUGUAUAGGCAUAGUGUGCUAUCUGUUUAGGGCUAAAAAGGUUAGUUUUGCCCAAUAAUCUAUUUCUUUUUAUUUCAUUAUAAUUAGGUUGGGUCUAACUUUUCUGUCUAAGUUCCUAUGUUCUCCCUAUUAGUGACCAUAUAGCCAGCAAUAAAUUUAACUAAAUUUCAGUAUGUGGUCUGACAGUUAUAAUUCUAGGGGAGAAUACAUAAUUUGUUUUAUCAAGCCUGUAUGUUUUUACUACUUAUUAUGUUGUUUGUAUUUUCUGUUAAAAUGUUAAAUAAAUUUCUAAAAUUAUCA